AUGCCUGCGGUCGCCAAUAUUCACAAACGCCACGUCUAUGGCAAAGAUGCUCAUACUUAUUACCCCGUGCUCAUCGUUGGCGCGGGCGAGUCGGGCGUCGCCAUGGGCUGUCGUCUCAAGGAAGCGCUAGGAACGGACCAGUUUCGAAUCUUUGAGCGCCAGUCUGGCAUCGGCGGGACAUGGUGGAUUAAUCGAUACCCCGGCGCGGCUUGUGAUAUUCCUGCUUUGUUCUAUUCCUUUUCAUUUGCGCCCAAGAAGAACUGGUCGACUCUACAUCCCUCUGGACCAGAGCUUGCACAGUAUCUCGCGGAUGUCUGCGAGACGUAUCAAAUUGUCGACAAGAUUCAGUUCCAUACUGAAGUCCGCGAGCUUCGCUGGAUCGAAGAGGAUGAGGAGUGGGAGGUUCUACUUUCUCACCUGGUCCCCGGUACUGGUGAUCUCUCUUCAUAUGAUCGAGAACAACUUGUGAUCAAUGAGGGUGCGCACAGCGUCUACGUCAAGAACGAGAUUGUACGCGCCAAGGUCGUCGUCAGUGGCGUGGGUGGACUGGUCGAACCGAAGACAUGGCCCAAGGAUAUCCCUGGCAUCGAAGACUUUGAAGGAGAGAUCGUGCAUACAGCGCGAUGGGAUAGUGAUGUCGACCUGCAAGACAAGAAUGUGAUCAUGCUCGGCUCAGGCUGCAGUGCUGCCCAGGUCGUCCCCGAGCUGGCCAAGCCAGAGGCCAAUGUUCGAUCCAUCACCCAGCUCAUGCGUACUCCUCCCUGGGUGCAGCCAGAUCUUCUGCCGCCCAAACUUCUUGUCCAGUGGGAGAAGUGGAUGCCUUCGUUGAUGACACAUGUACCCGGGCUGGCACGCUUCCUCCGCUACAACCUAUUCCUGAUGUGUGAACACAAUUUCCUUUCCAUGUUCACAGAUACCGCAUACGGACGUAUGAUGCGGCCGAAGCUCGAGAAGGCAUUCUUGGACCACAUGCGCGAGAUGGCACCAAAGGAAUACCAUGAAAUCCUGACUCCAAACUACAGCCUCGGAUGCAAGCGUCGUAUCAUUGACGGUACAUGGUACCGCAGCCUGCACUCACCAAAGGUCAGCCUGACGACGCAGCCACUGACUCGUGUCCACGCGCGGAGUGUUACAAUUGGACCCGGUCACCACUACCCUCCAGGCAAUGACUCUAAUGACGAAGCCCAAGAAAUCCCUGCCGAUGUCAUCCUGCUUGGCAACGGUUUCGAGACUAACCAGUGGCUGCACCCGUUGAAAGUCAUCGGCAGGGAUAACAAGAGGAUGGAAGAUCUUUGGGCUCAACGAGGAGGUGCCCAGGCUUACCAGGGCAUCGCCAUGGAUCACUUCCCCAAUUUCUUCAUGCUCUUUGGUCCCAACACGGCCACUGGUCAUACAAGUGUUAUCUUCGCGACUGAAAACGCGGUCAACUACACCCUGAAAUUCAUCAAGCCAAUUUUGAACGGUCAGGUCAGCUCUUACGAGAUCAAGGAAGAGGCCGAGCUGGCGUGGACCAAGAAUGUGCAGGACCAACUGCAAAAGACCGUCUUCCGCCGUGGUCUUUGCUCCAGUUGGUAUAUCACCGCCGAUGGAUGGAACUCCUCAACCUACCCGUAUUCGCAAAUCCAUUAUUGGUACCGGUGCACAUUCCCGAUUUGGAGCGACUGGACCGCCAAAUGGACUCGGAAGGGUGCAAUUCUGCAGGGAGUCCGCAAGGCUGUGCGCCUCUCGUUCCUCCUCAGUGUUCUAGCAGCAUUGGAGUGGCUGCGGAAGAACCCGCACCAGCGCAGCCAGUUGCUGUUGGCCCUGUUGGCAGGGAAGGACUGGAUUCUCUCUCGGGCACGCAGCCUCUAUUGA